AUGGCUGUCUCUUUGCCACCCACUCUGGGACUCAGUUCCGCCCCAGAUGAAAUCCAGCACCCCCAUAUUAAAUUUUCAGAAUGGAAGUUUAAGCUGUUCAGGGUGAGAUCCUUUGAAAAGGCACCUGAAAAGGCUCAAAUGGAAAAGCAGGAUUCCUCCGAGGGGAAACCCUCGCUGGAGCAAUCUCCAGCAGUCCUGGACAAGCCUGGUGGUCAGAAGCCAGGCCUGCCUCAACCAGCGUUCAAGCCCCAUCCAAAGUUUUUAAAGGAAUACCACGAAGAUGGGACAGCAAGAGACAAAGCCAUCCACCAAGCCAACCUGAGACGUCUCUGCCGCAUCUGUGGGAAUUCUUUCAACACCACUGGGCACAAGAGAAGGUAUCCAGUCCACGGGCCUGUGGAUGGUAAAACCCAAGUCCUUUUACGGAAGAAGGAAAAGAGGGCCACGUCCUGGCCAGACCUCAUUGCCAAAGUUUUCCGGAUCGAUGUGAAGGCAGAUGUUGACUCCAUCCACCCCACUGAGUUCUGCCAUAACUGCUGGAGCUUCAUGCACAGGAAGUUUAGCAGCACCCCAUGUGAGGUUUACUCCCCAAGGAAUGCAACCAUGGAGUGGCACCCCCACACCCUAAACUGUGACAUCUGCCACACUGCACGUCGGGGACUCAAGAGGAAGAGUCAGCAGCCAAACAUGCAGCUCAGCAAAAAACUCAAAACUGUGAUUGACCGAGCGAGACAAGCCCGUCAGCGCAAGAGGAGAACUCAGGCCAGGAUCAGCAGCAAGGAACUGAUGAAGAAGAUCGCCAACUGUGGUCAGAUACAUCUUAGCCCUAAGCUCCUGGCAGUGGACUUCCCGGCGCACUUUGUGAAAUCUAUCUCCUGCCAGAUUUGUGAACACAUCCUGGCCGACCCUGUGGAGACCAGCUGCAAGCACGUGUUUUGCAGGAUCUGCAUUCUCAGGUGCCUCAAAGUCAUGGGCAGCAGUUGUCCCUCUUGCCACUAUCCCUGUUUCCCUACUGACCUGGAGAGUCCAGUGAAGUCUUUUCUGAGCAUCUUGAAUACCCUGAUGGUGAAAUGCCCAGCAAAGGAGUGCAACGAGGAGAUCAGCUUGGAAAAAUAUAAUCACCAUAUCUCAAGCCACAAGGAGUCAAAGGAGACAUUUGUGCAUAUUAAUAAAGGGGGCCGACCCCGCCAGCAUCUCCUGUCCCUGACGCGGAGGGCUCAGAAACACCGUCUGAGGGAGCUCAAGCUGCAAGUCAAGGCCUUCGCCGACAAAGAAGAAGGGGGCGACGUGAAGUCAGUGUGCCUGACCUUGUUCCUGCUAGUGCUGAGGGCGAGGAAUGAGCACAGACAAGCUGACGAGCUGGAGGCCAUCAUGCGAGGCCAGGGCUCCGGCCUGCAGCCUGCUGUUUGCUUGGCCAUCCGCGUCAACACCUUCCUCAGCUGCAGCCAGUACCACAAGAUGUACAGGACUGUGAAGGCCAUCACGGGCAGGCAGAUUUUCCAGCCUUUGCAUGCCCUUCGGAACGCGGAGAAGGUCCUUCUGCCCGGCUACCACCCCUUCGAGUGGCAGCCACCUCUGAAGAAUGUGUCUUCCAGCACGGACGUGGGCAUUAUCGACGGGCUGUCUGGACUCUCCUCCUCGGUGGAUGAUUACCCAGUGGACACCAUUGCCAAGCGCUUCCGCUAUGACUCGGCUCUGGUGUCCGCUCUCAUGGACAUGGAAGAAGACAUCCUGGAGGGUAUGAGAGCCCAAGACCUUGACGACUACCUGAAUGGCCCCUUCACUGUGGUGGUGAAGGAGUCUUGUGAUGGGAUGGGAGACGUGAGUGAGAAGCACGGCAGUGGGCCGGUUGUGCCGGAAAAGGCCGUUCGGUUUUCCUUCACAGUCAUGAAAAUCACCAUCGCACACGGGUCACAGAACGUGAAGGUGUUUGAGGAAGCCAAGCCUAACUCUGAACUAUGUUGCAAGCCCUUGUGCCUCAUGCUGGCCGACGAAUCCGACCAUGAGACCCUGACGGCCAUCCUGAGCCCUCUCAUUGCCGAGAGGGAGGCCAUGAAGAGCAGCCAGCUAAUGCUGGAGAUGGGAGGCAUCCUCCGGACUUUCAAGUUCAUCUUCAGGGGCACCGGAUAUGAUGAGAAACUCGUCCGGGAAGUGGAAGGCCUUGAGGCUUCUGGCUCUGUCUACAUCUGUACCCUCUGUGAUGCCACCCGCCUGGAAGCCUCUCAAAAUCUGAUCUUCCACUCCAUAACCAGAAGCCACGCGGAGAAUUUGGAGCGCUAUGAGGUCUGGCGUUCCAACCCAUACCAUGAGACGGUGGAAGAACUUCGGGACCGGGUGAAAGGGGUCUCGGCCAAACCCUUCAUUGAGACGGUGCCUUCCAUAGAUGCCCUCCACUGUGACAUUGGCAAUGCAGCCGAGUUCUACAAGAUUUUCCAGCUCGAGAUAGGGGAGGCGUAUAAGAACCCCAAUGCCUCCAAGGAGGAAAGGAAGAGAUGGCAGGCGACCUUGGACAAGCACCUCCGCAAGAAGAUGAAUCUGAAGCCCAUCAUGAGGAUGAAUGGCAACUUUGCCAGGAAGCUCAUGACCAAAGAGACUGUGGAAGCAGUCUGUGAGUUAAUUCCCUCUGAGGAGAGGCAUGAAGCUCUGAGGGAACUGAUGGACCUUUACCUGAAGAUGAAGCCCGUCUGGCGAUCAUCAUGCCCUGCUAAAGAGUGCCCGGAAUCCCUCUGCCAGUAUAGUUUCAAUUCACAGCGUUUUGCUGAGCUCCUCUCCACCAAGUUCAAGUACAGAUAUGAGGGCAAAAUCACCAAUUAUUUUCACAAGACACUGGCCCACGUCCCGGAAAUUAUCGAGAGGGACGGCUCCAUUGGGGCAUGGGCUAGCGAGGGAAAUGAGUCUGGGAACAAGCUGUUCAGGCGCUUCCGAAAAAUGAAUGCCAGGCAGUCCAAGUACUAUGAAAUGGAAGAUGUUUUGAAACAUCACUGGUUGUACACCUCCAAAUACCUGCAGAAGUUUAUGAAUGCUCAUAAAGCAUUUAAAAACUCAGGGUUUACCAUAAACUUGCAGAGAAGCUCAGGGGACACAUUAGACCUAGAGAACUCUCCAGAAUCUCAAGAUUUGAUGGAAUUUUAA